AUGUUUGAGCGUAUCAAGAAGAGCUAUGUUCAAGGUAUGAGACGUGCAGCAAUUGACAUGGCAAGAGCAGAAUAUCAACGAGAAGAACAUCCUGCACAACCAGCACACCUAGCAGUUCGUCAACCAACUCAGCGCGAACGGAUUGGUGUCCGUUUUGUGUCUCAACUCGUGCUCGAGGUGACUAUCAUGCAAGUCAUGCUGACCCUGAUCUCGCAGCAGCGCGAGAUCGACCCACAAUCCAAGACAAGGUCAAUCCGAAGAACAGCGCUUACAUGGUCUGCGGAUGAGAUUUUGAGUUUGGUGAUUGGACCGUGGGACACCACGGGCUACACGCAGUCAAAGGUGAAGCAGAAACCAGUUCUGGCUUUACCACCGAGACCAUUCUUUGACGAAGAAGCAGAAGCAGUCAAAGGACUUCAAGAUUCAGAUGACGAACGUGAACAAGCUCAACAAGAAGUUCAACCCAAUGCAUAUGAGCCCACAACACCCGAUGGAGAAGGUCCUCGACUUGAAGAUGUCACAGAACAGGAUGAUGGUCGAGUUCCUGUUCCUUCUCUUCCUCCUCUAUGUGCAGUACCGGUUGAUCCCGGAAUGGAAGCACCACAGACGCCAGAAGAGAUGUUGAUGUCUGGCGCAGGUGGGGCUAGUCCUUCAAGCCCUACAAUGGAUGUAGACUCAUCAGGUCAUGCAGCAUCCAAACACAAGGCAGAGACUCAACGUGGCACAGUAGCAAAAGCUUUGCAGUUUGAUAGCGACCCAGUUCCGGAGCCAAAAGUCAAAGCGGCAAAGAUGGACGUUAGACGUGUUGGCGAAGUGGAGAUCACACACAAUGAUGUGAUUGGUUUGGAAGAUGACUGGGAAUCUCUUCCUUAUGAGGACGUAGACUCAGAGGACGAAGGAACAGAGCAUGCUGGUGUGAUGUUGAGAAAAUGUGAAACCUAUGAGGAUGUGUUUGACCGAUGGAUUGAAGCAGAUGAAUGGAGCGACGUGACAAGAGAACAGAGAAAAGACAGCCAAUCAAGUACUUCUCCUACAGCGACCUCUAUGGCAGAGAUUCGCAGCGGCAUAGCGCUUGGCGGAGUGUUUAUGCUCAUGAUGGGCAUGUUGGUCAUGAUGGUUCCUGGUGAAGCUUCAAGAUCACGAAGCCGUUCUGAUCCACAACCAGAGUAUGCGAAUGUUCAACAAUGGACCGAUGAGAUGAGAAACUUUGUGGCUACGACAUUCGUCUUGUCAGCCAAAGCAUACUGGAUUGAUGGACAGCAUGAUCAGUUUUCAAUUGAGAACAUGUUUAACCACCUACGGCUAGCAGCUUUACUUUUGAAGAACGAUGAGAAAGAGGCUGUGGAAUAUUUCAUUACGGCCGUUGAGGUGAACGACCCCGAGGAGAUCAUGGCUCAGGUGAGAAAUAUGCGGAUGUGCAUGGAUCUUCCUCACGUUAACCUCCUUCACGCCGAGGAGGCUUGGUUAUGGGAAGAGUUUCGUGAUGAUUUGCAGCGAAAAGCUGAUGCGAGUGAUGGAGCUUUCCUUGUUCCAAUUGUGGAGCUUUUGAAACAUCGAUGGGAUACACCUCCGGGAGAAAGUGAUCGCGGAGGAGCCGAAGACGCAACAUCUUCGAGGAGCUCAAUAGCGAACAGAAGUGGAGAUGACGAUGUUCGGGAAUCACCAGCCCGGGAGUUUGAGCUCAGGAUGACAAUGAAUUUGCCAAGGUCAGAAGCAAUUCAGGUAGCUCAGACAAUAGCAGAUGCACAUGGACGAGAAUUGGUGGUCGAAAGACCAGCUGGAUCAGAUGAACACGAACAAGGAGGCAGAGAUGGACAAGACCCAGAACCUGGAAGUAGCAACAACAAUACGCUUGGAAGAAGCAGUGAAAACACUACUCUGAACAGCAGAACUACUCAGAAUACCACAGAGGAGGAGAAUGACAAGAUCGAGCAAGCUAUGGCAGAAGCAAGAGCCAGCCUACGUCGUGGAUUUCGUGUCUUGCAGUCGCGCGCUACGCGCUAUGAAGAGUUAGGCGAUCACGAGGCCGCAGAAGAAGUCAGACGUCAGAUUGACGACAUGGAGGCAAUGGAAUCUUCAAUUUGA